UAAAGGCGAUGUGUGAAAAUUUAUUGUUGUUAUUUGUUAUUUGCCUGGCGUGCGUUUCGGUUGUGUGGAGUGCCGUCGGGUUUAAGAUAUAUUCUAUUCUAUUAUUUUAUUAUCAUUUUCAAUAUAGUAAAUGUGUUGCCGAAAAGCUACAGAGUUUUGAGCGCGUAGCUAUAAAUUUAUGAUAAACAUUUUCUUGUGUUUGAUAAUGAUUCUGAUGAAUUCUAUUGCUUUCGCAUUGCGGUGUCAAACAUUUGGGUGACGAGUGAAUAGAAGUAGGCAAAGUGCGCAAUCAAAAAAAAAGUAGAACAAAUUACAUGACAAAUACAAAGCAUAAGUGACGUAAAGUGCCGGUUGCGGAUGCGGAUGUGGAUGUAAAUGUAAAUGUAAAAUAAAAAUAAUAUAAUGACAUGCAAGAAAAACGAAAUAAAAACAUGUAUACUACAACAACAACAAUGAAAUAUUAAUUAAAAAUAUGAAAACAAUUUAAAUUUGAAAUAAACUUUAAGUGUGGCAGCGAUUUUUUAUUAUCAACAAAUAUAAAUAUAUACAUACAUAUGUAAAUAUAACUAAAUAUAAAUAUAUAUGCAAAGAAUUUGCAACAACAACAAAAAAGAACACGAAAUUAAGCAGUGAAUCACGCUGCGCUCGUCGGUCGGUGUAUAAUUUCGUCGAUAAAUAUUUGAAUUGCUUUUGUGACAGAUAGGAAAUAGCCGAGUAAACACGCUUGUACCUACGCAUACAUAAGUGAGUUCGUAUGUACAUGACUGUGUGUCGCUGUAUCAACUAAGCAAAGUAAAGUCAACGUAUGACAGACAGCUGAGCGUUUAGUAGAGAAACCGAAAUCGGAAAUAGCACAAAACAUUUGUGGCGUUUAGGUAAUAAGCGAAAAAAGAGUAAAUAGCAAAAUUCGCGAACGCGCGUGUGAAUUUGGAAUUUUUCGACGCUUUCAAUUUAUUUUUAUUUUGACGCCUUCUUUUCUUUUUUUGGCACUUUUGUUUGCUUAAUAAUACAUUUAUUCUUGGUAAAGCACAUUUCUAAUGCUAAUAAAAGCGCCAUACAAAGUGCAUGAGUAAGCAGCUAAAGCACGACAACAAAAACAAGCAAAAAGUUAUAAAAACUAAAAUACUUGUGCAAAUCGCCAAGCGGAAAUACCAUUUGACCCAACACUCGAGCGGUUGCAAGUGCCAGCCAGCUGAGCACAAAGCGGCGUACGAGAGCGUCGAUGAACAAUGCGACUGGGUGGGCAGCGCUUGCUACAGACUACACAAUAAUAACAGACGCUGAGUGAGAAAAAUAGAUAAACAAUUGUAAGAAAAGUAAUUAAUUAUAAAUUAAAAAGGAACAUUGAUAAAAUAUAAAUUAAAUGAAAAAUAUAUGAUAUAAAGAAUAAAUAUAAAAAAUAAAAGAAAAAUAUUUUAAAUAUAUUUUAAAAAUAAAAAUAUAAUAAAUACAAAAAUUCCAAAAAAAAACGCUAGUGCAGUGCAAAAAAUUGCUUACAACACGAAUCACAGGCAAUAACAGCAAAAACAAGUGCACACAACUCGUACAAAAACAAUAAAAGAAAGGAUCAAAAUAGAAAAGUCGAAGAAAGAGCGGAAGUGGCAACACUAAAAUAACAUAAAUCAGCAGGCAGCACACAGCAUAGCGGUUGGUGUAGCGCCGUCAUACACAACGACGUCCCUAGAAGCACUGCUGUUAAGACGCUUCGACCUACCAGCAGCCGCUUCGCGGUGUCAUUGAGCUUUGGCCAACACAACUGGGGUGUGCUGAUUGCAUUGUUGAUGCACUAGCAGUGCAACACGGGCAAAAGUAGAACGAGUGCAAGGAAGAAGAAGUACGCGCGUUCACAAGGAAAUGUGGUGGCAAUAAAGCAUAUACAAAAGCAAAAAAAAAUAGAUUGUGUGCGCAACAGGAAGAGAACUGCUUUCACGCGUGUGUAAACAGACAAAUAUACAAUAAUAAUUUUAGCCAACAAGUUGAGGCAAUUGGAAGCAUUUAGAGGCGGGAAUAAAAAGCAAACAUAAUAAAUAAAGACAAAAAUUUAUAUUUGCAGUUUUUUGUAGUUCGAGACAAGAAUAAAAAAAACUUUGUAGAUCGAGUGAAGAAAAAAAAUUUUUAUAUUAAAAAAAACAUAUAAAAAAAUAUACAAACAAUUUUAUUAACGCCCAUAACGGAAAUCAACAAUAACGACGUUAAAUAAAAUAAUAUUAUACAACAACAAUCAUAAUAAAAUACAAAAACAACAAGCGUAAGAAUAAAAGGCAGUAAUCAUAUCAGUAAACAAUCAGCCGUCUGCUGUAGUAGUCUCACAGACAAGAGAUAUAAAUAAAUAAAACGUCGAAGAUAGCAGCGCAGCGCAGUGCGCGUACUGCAACAAUUACAAUAAUAACAACAGUUAUCACAAUAAUAAACAGCAACAAUACAAAUCGUCAGUCGAACGUCAGCAACAAAUCAACUCACACAAGUCAACAGAAGCAGAGUGUGAGUACACAUACAAACAAACAUACACACUUGAGUACAAUAAAAAAAAAAAACAAAUAAAAACACAAUCAGAACAUAUAAUAAUACAAAGCUAAAAGAAAAACGAAAAAAAAACAACAAUAGUUCGACUAGCAGCUUCGUCAAGAACUAAGAAGAGAAAGGCAACAGCAACAGCAAUAACAACAAUCAUAGUCGCCCCAAAUUGUACGCGACUACAAACAAACAGACGGAAAGACCGAACGUCCGAAAGGCGGAAAGGCAGAAAGCUAAGAAACGCAAUCGUAUAAGCGCUGUAAGCAGCAAGCGAGAAUACAAACAGAUAGCCAACCAAGCAGCUGGCUGGCUAUAUACGGCGGGCGGGAGUUAAGCAGGCGGACAAAGUCAAUGCAGUCAACCAUUUAGCCCCCAACAAACGCCACCAAGCUUGGCCCUGUGUAUUGCACGCGCAGCCGGCAGACAACUGUGUUCUGGAUCUGGACAUAUCCGCUUCCGCAUUGUGUUUGGCUUCGCAUUUCUGUUCUGUUCUUUUACGCUUCGUUACACACAUGUGUACGUAGUUACGUAGUGGUUCGUUUACGUCUUUUGGCAUUUUGGUUUUGGCAAAGAAGACGGUCGCCAAUAAGUCAACGUAGACUACAUAUAGUACGCACACACAUCUAACGUUUUGUUGCUAGCGAGAAAAAUAUAGAAAACCUGAUAUUUAUUGGUUUCUCAGGAGCGGGCUCCAUUUAAGCAUAAGCAACGUUGUAGCAGUUAAACUUUACAUGCAACAUAUUGUACUUUAAGAUCAGUUCGUGUACAUUCGUACGGUCGUUCGUUCGUUGUGGUUUACACUACAGCUAGCCAGCUAGCAGCUAGCGCAACUUGAUUAGCAGCAGCGAGCAGUGAGCAGCUUAUUGGGCGACCCAGCGACCCAGUGUCGCAGCAGUCGUAUUUCCGUGUGGCGUUGGUCAACACAAACAAUUAAAAUCGUGCACGCGUCUCUGGUUCAAAAUGAAAAUGCUUCCCGUACAGCUGUCGUUGAAUCCGCAGCUCGGUCUGUGGGGUGAUAUGUUGUGGCGUUGCCCGCCGGCGCCCUCCAGCCAAUUGGCUGAAUUGAAGACACAAUUGCCGCCAUCGUUGCCAUCCGAUCCGCGUUUGUGGGGUCGCGAAGAUGUCACCGUCUUUUUACGCUUCUGCGAACGCGAAUUCGAUCUGCCCAAAGUGGAUCAUGAUCUCUUCCAAAUGAACGGCAAAGCGCUUUGCCUGCUAACACGCGCCGAUUUCGGUCACCGUUGUCCGGGCGCUGGUGAUGUAUUACACAAUGUGCUGCAAAUGCUCAUCAUCGAAUCACACAUGAUGCAAUGGCAUUUACCCAACAGUCCGGUCACACCGACCAGUCGUUAUCCAUUGUCGCCGCAUAGCCAUCCACAGACGCCUACAUGGCCACCAAUUGGCGCACCACCGGACAGUCCAUUUCACAAUGCGCAUAUGCAUCAUUUUAUGGCGCCCAAUUCGGUAACGCUCAGCCCGCCGCCAUCGGUGGACUCACAAGCCAGCAGCCCGCCACAAAGCCAGGAACAAAAUUUGGCAGUUGCCGCCGCCGCAGCAGCAGCUGCCGCAGCCGCUUCAGUGAGCGGUGCCAGCACGAGCAGCAGCAGUAGUAGUAGCACCAGUAGCGGUAGUAGUAACAGCGGUUUGGGUGUGACCAGCAGCAGCGCCAACGGUAAUCUGUUGCCACCAGCCAUCUCGGUAACAAUGAGCAGCGGUAACGGUUACCCAGCACAUCAUGCAACCGCCAGCACAGGCGCCAGCAGCAAUCAAUCCGAUUCGGAUGAGGAAGGCAGCUACUCAGAGCUGGCAGCGGCCAAUAGUUUGUCCAAGAGUAGCGCAGCGGCAGCAGUUGUGGCAGCACAUUACAGCGCCAGUCCGCCAACAACGCCCAUAUUAAAGGAUAUGCCACAGAGCUUAUCACAACAGAUUACAAACAGCUUUGUCAAUUCGUGGUCACAGAAUCAGGCCGCACAGGCCAUGAGCCAGAAGUAUCAGCCGAAUGGCAGUAGCGGCGGCUCAGUUUCGGCGCCGACGACGCCCAGCUAUAUGCAGCCCGUGAAACGCGAAUUCUUUCCGGAAACCACAGAACCCAAUACAAAUGGUCGUUUGCUGUGGGAUUUCUUGCAACAAUUGCUAAACGAUCGCAAUCAGAAGUACAGCGAUUUGAUCGCGUGGAAGUGUCGUGACACAGGCGUCUUCAAGAUCGUCGAUCCCGCCGGUUUGGCCAAACUGUGGGGCAUACAAAAGAAUCAUCUCUCCAUGAACUAUGAUAAAAUGUCACGCGCGCUACGCUACUAUUAUCGCGUCAAUAUACUGCGUAAGGUCCAGGGCGAACGCCACUGCUACCAGUUUCUGCGCAAUCCAACCGAGCUCAAGAACAUCAAAAAUAUUUCGCUGCUUAGACAAUCCGUUGCCGGCAAUGGCGGUGCAACAACCGCGGCUGGUGGUACUAACAAUGCUAGCAGCGCAAGUAACAGCAAUACCAACAACAACAUUAAUAGCAACAAUAAUAAUAGCAAUACAAAUAACGGUAACAACAGCAAUCAGUCACCCAGUACAAAUUUGAACAGUACAAAUUGGACUUUGCCGCAUCCACAAUCGCCGCAGCGUCACCCAGCUGCGCACGGCAGUAACGGCAAUGGCAACGGCAGCGCCAGCAACAGCCUGAGUCACAGCCACAAUCAUAGUAACGGCCUCAGCAGCCCGCACAUGAGUCUACCUGCGAUUUCACAAUCCGCCGCUGCCGCUGCUGUAGCCGCCGCAGCUGCGGCCGCCUACGGUCCACCACCCACAUCGCCGCUCUUUAUGCACGCCAUCAACGGUGCCUUCCAAUACCUAUCGAACCCGACGGGCGCACCGCCCAACUCGCCCGCAAUGCCACACACCCCAAGCGAAAAAUUCCAAUUCGGCGCCUUAAAAGUGGAACACAACAGUGGGUCGCGUUCACCCGAUCACGGUGACGAAAUGAAACCCACAGAUCUUAGUGUCUCAGGCAAUAGCACCGAAAAGCGGCCUUACUCAAGCCCCUCGGCGGAGGAUUGCUAUCCACUCAUACGCAACGCUGACGGUCUGACCACAAUCAAAUUGAUACGCUACAAUAAUGAGAGCCACGAAUCAAGCGCCGCCAAGCAAAACGCGCACGAACAACAACAACAACACCAUCAGCAACAGCAGCAAGCGCAUACCGAACAGCAACAACAAGCGGAACAGCAACACCAACAACAACACACACCCAUGGAUCAUAUGGACAAUGAAGGCAAUGAUGAGGACAGCGUUCAUGCUGCUGCCACGGCAGAGAGUAAUAAAUAUGGCGCCGCCAAUCUAAUGCCAACCGAUCUGCGCAAGUAAACGACGUGUGGGAGAGACACAGUGAUAGGAGCUAACUAAUAUGACAAUAUGCAACAAGAAGACGUUGGUGAGCCGAGCCAUAAGUAAUUACAUACACGCGGUUAAGUUGCUGACACACACACACACACAACAAUAACAACAACGCCAGGACAAUCAUUCGUAGUUAAGUGGGGAGUGCUGUGAGAGGUGUGUGGGCGCGAGAGAGCAACUCAGGAGUGCGCUUAAUGUGAGGUGGCAGGCAAUUAGUGAUAGUGAUAUGAGAAAACUAUUGCAGUGCCCAAUAACUGUUUGGAGAAGUCUACAAA